AUGUGGAGGGGACUUACAGUCUGCCUUGCUAUAGUAGCAUACCCUUAUCCCUUGUCUAUUACAUUUACGCAUUUGUUAUUUAAAUUCUGUUUCGCAUACUCCCUCCGAAGCCUCCUUGGAAAAUUUAAAAAUAAAAGGAACGUCGAGCUUUCUUGGGAGAAGUAUGCUAUCGAAGUUUCUCCAACUGGCAUCACAAGCGCCUUAGACAUUGGCCUUUCAAACUGGAGUCUUGAAUUUAUUACAAUCUCAUUGUAUACAAUGACUAAAUCUACUUCCAUCAUUUUCGUACUACUUUUUGCGGUUAUUUUCAAACUCGAAAAACUGACAACUUCUAUUAUCCUUGUUGUCCUCUCCAUCUCAUUAGGACUUUUUAUGUUCACUUAUGAGUCAACACAAUUUGAUCUCAGGGGUUUCGUACUUGUUCUAAUUGCAUCGGCCCUUAGCGGAGUUCGAUGGACUGCGGCUCAAAAGGUGUCACAACAUUCUGCCUAUGGUCUUUCAAACCCAAUCGAUUUGGUCUAUAACACCCAACCAUGGAUGGCCGCAGUUUUAUUGCCUUUGGCCUUUGUAUUUGAGGGUGAUGCAUUUCUGACCUCGCCUUUCAUCUUCCGAUCUCAAGAUUACCUCAGCAUACUACGUUUUACUAGCUACAUUGUCCUUGGUUCUUGCCUAGCCUUUGGCCUUGAAAUUUCGGAAUUUUUCGUUGUGUGCCAUUCCUCCAGCCUUACUCUUUCAAUAGCAGGCAUUUUCAAGGAAGUUGUGACACUCUACUUAGCAGCAAUUCUGAAUGGGGACGUAUACUCUCCGUUGAAUAUUGCUGGAUUAUUUAUUUGUUUGGCAGGCAUUUGUCUGCGUGUUGCAGUUAAAUUUUUUAAGGGUGAGUCACUAUUAUAG